AUGGAUCCGUCUUGCACAAACUCAGUCAACGGAUUCUACUCGUUUCUCAACAGAUCAAUGGAAGAUCUCGAAAGGGUUUAUGUCUCCAACAACUUCAUGUCCGUACAGUUCCUACAGAGAGUGCUCUGUCUUCUAAGAACCUCUCACUCUCAUCUCACCAUUCUCGUCCAGAAACUCAACCUCCCCGCCGGUGACAAGUGGCUCGACGACUACAUGGACGAAACCUCCAAGCUCUGGGACGUUUUCCACGUCAUCAAAUCCUCUCUCUCCUCCAUGGAAAGCUUCUGCUCCGCCGCCAUUUCCAUCGCCUCCACUCUCGACACCCACCACCACCGCCAGAUUUCUCGACAGGUGAUACGAGCGAUAACUGUAUGUCGGAGAGAAGCAGUAGGGAUAGAGGAAGAAAACAGAGCAUUGAUGGAGAAUCGGAUCCAAAGGUUUCCGUUUUGGUCGGAGCAAGUGACGGCGAUGGAGUCAUCGAAGAUACAGAACGGAUUUAGCGGUUUCCGAGGAGUGAUGAACAGUAUGAAGAACAUAAACUCGCUGCUUCUCGCGAUCCUGAUGCAAGGUUUGGUCUAUUCCAUUCCCGGCGACGCGGCUGCGGCGGUGACUUUGACGGCGACGGCGAUGGUGAGGUUGAAGCAGAGAGUGGCGGUGGAGAUGGAGAGGACAGAGAUGAAGAGAGGGAUAAUGUUGUAUGAGUACAGGAGGAGCAAAACGGCGAUGGAGGAGCUAAAGGCGGAGCUUGAACGGCGGUGGUGCGGCGGCGGAGGAGGAGAGGAGGAGGCUGCGGCGGCGGAGAAAGGGUUGAGAGAGAGAGUGGAGAGUGUGAAAGUGAAUGUUGGGAGUUUGAGGAAUGGAACAGAGAGUAUUGUUGCUCAGAUUGAUGAUUUCUUUGAUGAGAUUGUUGAUGGAAGGAAAAUGCUUUUGGAUUUCUGUAGCCACAGGUGA